AUGCAUGAUUGUAAACCUGUUUGUAUUCCUAAUGAUGUUAAUAACAAAAUUUGCAAAGUUUCAGAAAAUAACAAGCGAAAAGAAGCUGAAAUUUCUGUCUACCAGAGUGCUGUUGGCAAAUUACUGUAUGCUACGAGGGCUACUAGACCAGACCUGGCAUACGUCAUAGGCGUUUUAUGCCAAUAUUGCUCAAAUUCCGGUCCAAAUCACUGGACAGCCGUAAAGCGUGUUAUGAGGUAUCUGCGUGGCACCACAGGAGCAACAUUGAAGUAUUCAUCCUCUGGAAACCCGCAAAUUAUUGGAUACUGUGAUUCAAACUUUGCUGGAUGCCCUGACGAUAGGAAAUCCACAACGGGAUUCACAUUUUUACUUGCUGGUGGCGCAGUUACAUGGCAAAGCAAAAAGCAACCAACUGUAGCGUGCUCUACAACCGAAGCGGAAUAUAUGGCGCUGGCCCAGGCAACGAAAGAAGCCAUAUGGUUACGAAGGCUUCUACGAGAAUUGCAACUCCCAAACUGCGACGACCCCAUCAAAAUUUAUUGUGAUAAUAAAGGUGCUAUUGACUUGAGUAAGAAUAGUGUGUUUCACGCCAGAACCAAACACAUUGACAUUCAACACCAUUUUACCCAUGAAGCAGUUGCCCAAAAGGAAAUCGUAAUUCACAAAAUCAACACAGAAGAAAUGGUCGCUGAUAUAUUAACAAAAUCACUACCGAGAGAAAAACACAACUGGUGUUCACGAGGGUUAGGACUUCAAAUUUAA